AUGAUGUGUUUGAUUGUGAGAGGAAUACCACAACUGGCWCAAAUGGAAGGGUCUUCCUUUUUCAUCAGAUAUUGGUGUGUUAGCCAUAUAUUGGGUGCAUUGGCUAAACGAGGUAGUAGUAUUGAAGAUUUAUUGUCUCUGGGUAAAAAUAUCAAUGAAAAGCUAGCAUCGCUUGGAAUAAGUGCAACUUCAUGUAAUGUUCCUGGUGAAGAACCGUCAUUUUUACUUCAACAAGGAGAAUUUGAAUUUGGAGUCGGAUUACACGGAGAAGCAGGGACUUCAAGAAUUAAAGCAUGUGAUGUGAAAGAUUUGAUUCGUUUAGCAGUAGAUAAGAUAUGUAGCACCCUAGGUUUGAAAAAAUUCAGUGUAAUUUGCUUGAUUGUGAAUAAUCUUGGAUUAGUAUCACAUAUAGAGUUGGGUGCAUUAGCUAAAUACACUAAAGAAUAUUUUGAUGAACUUAAAAUCGACGUUAGUCGUAUGUUUGUGGGAACAUUUAUUGUGUCUCUAAAUAUGUAUGGAUUUCAACUAUGUGUUAUUGAUGUUAGUGACAAUCAAGAAUGGAUUAAUUAUAUAGAUGAAGAUACAUCAGCUUUUGCUUGGCCAGGAAAUCAUAUGAGUAUCAAAACAAUUGAAAAACAGAAAUCGCAAAUUAUAAAAAUUCCAAAAAUUGACGAUAUAAAUCCUAAAGUAAGUAUAACUUAA